AUGGCUACCCAAAACGCGUUCGCUGUGUACAAGCGCGACGCGAGACACCUCGCCUAUUGGAUGGUCCGCGCAUCCAACUUCAUCAUCAAGACGCCAACGGCAAAGCUCGUGAAGAAACAUUUGGACAUACCGCCUGCCAUAUUCCGAUUAUUCAGGUCCGUCAUCGACGCAAGGACGGCUCAUCUGACCUUCCUACGACGCGUUGUAACCCAGGAAGACCCUCAGUUCGGUAAAGAUAUCGAAAUCCACGAGACUUUUAUCCACUACCUCAAGAAGGCUUUCGUUGCCCUUGGUGGAGAUGCUUGGACGGAGAGCCAGCAGCCAGGAGGCGAGAAAAACAGACAUGCUACCAGCAAGAUGACUGCAGAGGAGCUCACCGAUGCCAUCCAGUUUUCAGCCUUGGACAUCCUUGCUUUAAGCUUAGAGAGCUCUGACGAGAAUUCAAGCGACGCUGAUGGCUCUUCUAUUACUGAACCCUCUACCACUGGAUCCCAAAGGCGAGCCCGAAAGAAAUCGGGCAGAGGGGGCAAGGGCAAGAAGAAGAUAAAAGCUCCCAGCGCCGCCUUGAACGUGGUAUCUAUCGAGGAAUACAGUAUCGAUGAAGCUGACGGCGGUCUGGAAGCCGAGUAUUUCAUGGCUUCAUGCGCAAUCGCCAAGGAAUGCGUCAGCCUCAGAGAAUACCUCCAAGGUAUUUGGCAUGAGGCUGCAUACUGUGGAUUGCAUGGUUCUAUUGCUGGCGCAUUGUCAAAACUCGCCAUUGAAAUGAUCAGAAGUACAGAGUCGGACAUAUUCUCUGAGAUCUCAGGGUUACACUCCUACGAGACUUGCAUGAUGGCCAUCACACGCAGCAAUCUUGAGAUCGCUCAGAGCGCAUUCAACAAAGCUUUAAUAAACCUGACUCCAGUGAGUCAGCAAGACGGGCUCAAGGCGACCUUCAUCGACUUGAAAGAGUACAUUCAGCUCGGCACCUACCGAGAUCUCGUUGAUUUCAUUGAAGAUUACCAACAAACACGGAACGGAAGGCCUACCGAGAAGAUGCUUGCCAAGAUCAAAUACUGGGAUCCCACACUUGACUUACAACGUGUCACGAAAAAAGAAAGAUUGAAGUGGCGCCGAUCAUACACAAUCAACUGGCUUUAUGAUCUCGUCAACUCCUUUGCAUGCGGACCUCUAACUGCACUGAAAGAGAAAAGCCGCGUUGCUGGCCAAGGGAAAGAACGGCAGCUGCAGCUUGAAGACGUCGACUGGUUGCCCAAUGGUCCGUUGAUCACCCCCAGUGUCAUUCUCGGCCUCCAGGAAUUUGCAAGCUUCGUUGCCACAUUGGCAAUGAAGAAGCCAGGAACGGAUGUUCGCCCGUACAUCAUGCCUCAUCACGUCUUUCAGCUCCAAUGCAUUGUGGACGCUUUCACUGUGUCGUGCGGUUGGUCCAACAACACUCGGUGGGGGCAUGUCCUUGUGCCACCAUCCUCAGGCAGCCGUGGUCCGAUGAAAGACAUUGAUGGGUUUCUGGGCUGCAGAAACGUGAAGAACGGCAAAGAGGAGUACAAUAGCACCCAGGAGAAUAAUAGAAGUAACAAAUACAACAGCAACAACGAAGAAAACAGCGGUAACGAAGAGAAUUGCGAAGAAGAAGAAAUCUGUUUUGGUUUUCUUCAGUCUGCCGACUUGCUGGCACACAUUCUAGAGGCAGACGAUCCUGAAAGCCACAAAGGGCCCGUAGAGUUCUUGGGAGAAUUUUGCAAAGCAUUCGACUUCCUGGGUCAAUCGAUACCGAUGGAUGGCAACAUACUUCCAAAUUCCCGCUUCAACCAUACCGGUCCCAAUGGCCUGUGGAGAUACUCUCCAUUUCUCUGCGGCGUGGGUCUCAUGGAGGGUCUGGAGAUGACUUAUCGCAUGAGCAUGCUCCUCUGGGACACCAUCCAGGAGCCAGUAACCAUGGUACAUCUCCACAACAACCUUGUACAGCAUAAGCACAUUGGAAAGCCUUUAGCUCACUACCAAUUAUUGCAAGACAUGUUCCCGGACGGGUUCUUUCUUGACGGCCAUGUUCCACUGUCCAACUUCGCCGAUGCCUUUCUUGGCAUCCGAGAGCUCAUGUGGGGAGCUGGCAGGUCGAAACAACAAGUUGCCCGCCCCGCACAUGAAGGAUUCCAUCGCGCAUUCGAUCUCGACAGAAACCUGGCCUUCAGAAGAAAGUCCAACUUAUUGCUUUACCGAGAAGCGAAUUGGAAUGUUGACUGGAUACCAGACAAUGACCUCAACCCUCGGACUAGUUUAGCCUUGCUCCGCGCUGCUCAGAGGGUUGCCGAACCCCAUCUGACAGGCAAGACCGACGAUGAAAGAAACUUGCUUGGCCGCGUCAAAGCAGCGUUAGAUACAGAUGACGAAGGGCUAACAUCUCGAAUGCAGAGCCUCUUGAAACAGACCACUCAAGUACAAUCCCACCAAUCCCUUGGCGCUCCGAGUAAUGGAAUGGAAGAUCUGGAGAAGAGUGCGUCCAGCACCGGAGCUGCCGACAUGAGACCUGGAGCCGUGUCACCGAAGUGUAUUGAGCCAACCAGAGUUCAAAUACUGAAUUUGGUCAAAAGAGACCUGCAAAACGACGUCUGUGGUACCCAUGCUUAUUCCACAAUCAAUUAUGUCUUGAUGACCGUCAACAUGCUUGAUAACUUCAAGCUCAGUGAAAUUGAACUCGAAAGGGCACACGAUCCCGGAUACGUUUCAUUUUACAAAUAUCAAAACAUUCCAAAGUUGGCGAAGAGAACUCUUUUGGUUGACGGUAUUCUGCGGGAACAUCGGGAAACGGCAGGUAUCAAGACUGUGGUGAAGGCGUUGGAGAGCCGCAGAGAGGUAUCGGCGUACUUCCCCUAG